CAAACAAGUAGGUGACUAAAGAGUGAUUACAAAUUGUACACAUGCCUGUGACAUUUAACAACAAGUCAGGGACGAUUACAGCAGAUGGUUGCAACUUGAUGGACUCGGGUUAUAAAUCAGAAUAUGGAGACAGAUUUCCAAGAUCAGUGUGGUGGAUUGGAGCUGCUGCUGUGUGUCUGGGGCUGCUCUAUCUUCUUCUGCUGAUUAUCAUCUUAGCCAUGGUGGCCCAACACAUCGGGCCAACCCCUCUUAAAGACGCCAAACCAUUGCCCUUAAGUGUCGUCGGGUGUGACAAUCUGACUUUACAAUGUUUCCACUUACAGAGCAAAUACAAUACCUUGCUAGAAAGCAACAACAAGUUAGAAAACAAGCUUUGUUCUCUGAGUAAAGAGAAAGACACCGUCACGGGGGUGCGGGACUCCCUUCAAAAUGAGAGAGACGGCCUUCAGAAUGAGCGAGACACUCUCCAAAAAGAGCGAAACACCCUGCACAGUGAACAUGACGCCCUCAAAUAUCAGCGAGACACCCUGCAGAAGGAGCAUGACGCUCUCCAAAAGGAACAGGAAACUCUCAGAAACGAGCAAGAAUCCCUAAAAAGUGAGCGAGAUGCGCUCAAAGAAUCCCUCCAAAGCAACAUGGACACCCUUCAAAAUGAGAAAAACGCCCUCAAAAGUGAGCGAGACACGAUCCAAAACGAGAAAGAUACUCUCCAAAAUGAGCGGGACACCAUCAUGACAGAGCGGGACUCCCUAAGAGACGAACGAGACUUUCUGAAGUUGGUAUCCAGCAAUCUGACUAAAGAGUUGGAGCUCCUGCAGAGCCGAUUCAACACCGUGGUUGAAAGUCGAGAUGGCUUGAAGGAGGAGGCUAAAGAGUUAAAUCAGAACAGAACAGAAAAACUUUGUCCACUGGACUGGGUCAAAUACCAGGAGAAAUGCUACUACAUCUCUAAAAAAGGUAGCACUCAUUCGUGGCAUGCAAGUAGAAGAGAUUGUCAAGACAGAGGAGGUGACCUGGCCAUCAUCACCACAAGACAGGAGCAGGAUUUUGUCACCACAUAUUACGACCGACUCUGGAUCGGCCUGUCUGACUUGGAUCAAGAGGGCAAGUGGAAGUGGGUGAACGGGGAAGAACUGGACUUUAAAGGGUUCUGGCAGAGAAGGGAGCCCAACAACUCAGAUGGAAAUGAGGACUGUGUGGAGGUGUCACGUGCAGGAAGGGGAUGGAAUGAUGCACCUUGUCGUGUGCAAUUAUCGUGGGUUUGUGAAGAUUAACAUCCACGUUGUGGUUCUGCUUCCUCAGGCUUAAUUGUGCAGAAGAAGUCAUCAUUUUAUAUCUACUGCACAUCCAUCUGCCUUGAAUACACCAGGCACCUUAAUUUCCUUUGCACAGUGGACCUUCUCGGGUAGAAUGUAAUCUGUAAUGUGUUUUUCCACAUAGGAAAUAGUUAAAAUAGAAAUCAAGGGUGAAACAUUUAACAUUUGUAACUGAUUGCAUGUAAAAACUACAGCUGUCAAAUUAUUACAUUUUUUAAUUAAUCACAGUGUU